GCAUCCCUAGCCACGAGACGCCGACGGGGACGGAGGAAGAAGACACACACACACGCAGAUCGAUCCCCCUCGCGCGCGAGAAAGAGAGAAAGAGAGAGAGAGAGAGGAGCCUCGUCCGGCAUGGGAUUCAUCAUGGAGUUCGCGGAGAACCUGAUCCUGCGGCUGAUGGAGGACCCGGAGCAGCGGGACGAGGCGCAGCGGGCGCACGUCUACCGGAUGAAGGAGCGGUGCGAGCGCACCAAGGCGGCCUGGGCGCUCCCGCUCCGCCCCUACGGCUUCUGGACCUUCGACCGCUUCAACUCCCAGCUCUCCUGGGACCCCCAGAUCAGCCAGGCCGCCGGCCGCCGCGACCCCUACGACGACCUCCUCGCCCGCCACGCCGGCCCCGCCCCGUCCUCCUCGUCCUGAAACCCUAAUCCGGUAUCCUGUGUGAGGAAGUAUGGCGCGGCCAGCAAAAUAAGGAGAACUCAUUUCCUCAAAAUGACUGUGAUUACAUUCCCUUCCGUUUCAUCGAUUUUAUCCUUGAACUGCCCUAGCUGGUUCAUGUGCUGAAUGUGGUUACUUCGACAAACUUCCUGUUCGGCAAGAUACCAGAAGUGUUUUGUAUCUGCUGAUUUUCUGUCUUGUUCCAUGAAGCUUUCAAUAAUCUCAUUGCACACAUGUUUGCCUUUUGGUGAUUUGAAAAUCUUCCGAUGAUACGAGUUUUUAGGUGAUUUAA